UAAAGGCAUUCUGAUUCUGAUUAAAUAUCAUAGACAUGCCUGCUAAAUGAGUAAUUUAAUGUUUGUGUCCUGCCCAAUGACACUGGGUGUGUUGGCUGCAGGGAGUGGGAUUGCCCUUUGACCAUCAGAUGAAUAGAUAAGCACAUUACCCGCCUGGGCUGUUUCCAUACCACAAGCUCCAAAAGAAAGAAGGAAGCUUUUUCUUUUGAAAUCAUGGCGCUAUUGGAUCUGUUUCUCCAGUCUUUCAGUUCCAUCUCCCUGUUUGGAGCUCUGGUUGUCCUGCUGCUCGUCUACAUUCUCUCCUCCUCCAGCUUCAGCUCCCAGGAUGAAGGGAAGGGACCUCCAGGUCCAAAACCACUUCCCCUACUUGGGAACCUGCUGCAGCUUGACCUCAAGAGACCCUACCACACAUUUAUGGAGCUUUCCAAGAAAUAUGGAUCCGUUUUCACAGUGCAUUUGGGACCCCAAAAAGUGGUGAUCCUGGCUGGAUACAAAACUGUGAAGGAGGCACUUGUCAACUAUGCAGAUGAGUUUGGUGACAGAUAUUCAACGCAAAUAACAAAAGAAACUAGUGGAGGCCAUGGACUUGUAUGGUCCAACGGUGAAUCAUGGAGAGAGAUGAGGCGCUUUGCCAUGACUAACCUCAGAGACUUUGGAAUGGGCAAGAGGGCUAGUGAGGACACAAUCAUUGAGGAAUGCACCUACCUCAUUGAAGUGUUAAAGAAAAGUAAAGGAGAAGCUUUUGAUACAACUCAACCCAUAUACCAGGCGGUGGCUAAUAUGAUCUGCUCAAUUGUUUAUGGCAGCAGAUUUGAAUAUGAUGAUGCAGAGUUUACAUCACUGGUACAUCGAGCAAUCAGAUCUAUCCAACUCCUGGGCUCCCCGUCAAUACAGGUGUUUAACAUGUUCCCAUGGAUCGGUAAAUGGAUUGCUGACAGAAAGGAACUUCACACGAUAAUUGCUGAGAGCAAGAAACGUAAUCAGCAGUUGUUUAGUCGUUUGAAAGAGACCCUCAAUCCACAGAUGUGCAGAGGACUUGUGGACGCCUUUCUGCUCCGAAAGCAAAAUCUGGAGGAAUCCGGAAUCACCGACAGUCACUUCCAUGAUAAAAACCUGAUACAGACGGUUCUUAAUCUCUUUACUGCUGGCACUGACACAACAGCAACUACACUGAGAUGGGCACUACUAUAUAUGGCCAAGAAUCCAAAAAUACAAGAACAGGUCCAGGAGGAGCUAAGCAAGGUUAAAGGAGGUUGUCAAGUGCAGGUUGAGGACAGGCAACACCUGCACUUCACAAAUGCCGUCAUCCACGAAAUCCAGCGACUGGCUAACAUCCUCCCCAUGGCACUUCCUCACAAAAUGAGCCAAGACAUCACUUUCCAGGGUCACUUCAUUAAGAAGGGGACCACAGUGUAUCCUCUCUUGACAUCCGUCCUGUGUGAUGAGACUGAGUGGGAACACCCCAGCAGCUUUUAUCCUGCUCACUUCCUGGACAAAGAUGGGAAGUUUGUCAAGCGAGAUGCCUUCUUGCCUUUUUCAGCAGGUCGCAGGCAGUGUCCUGGGGAGAGUCUGGCAAGAAUGGAGAUUUUUCUCUUCUUUACCAGCCUCUUGCAGCACUUUCGUUUUACUCCUCCUCCAGGAGUUUCGGAGGAUGAAUUGGAUCUGACUCCAAUAGUGAGCGCUGCCGUGAGCCCGUCGCCUCAUAAACUGUGUGCUGUUCCUGUUGUGUGAGCUUUACAAUGCUGCUUUUCUAACAGUCAACGGUGCGAGUUGGUUCAAGAUUGAAGAUUUUGAGUUGUACAUCAUUAUAUUAAAUGUAGUGAUAAAGUAGGCCAAGAUCAGAUUUUCAAUAUCAAUGAUGUAAUUUAAAUUAAUAGACAUCUUUCUCUUUAGUUUUGAAUGUCAAGCGUCACUACUUAAGCAGCUUCAACCAAUUUGUAAUUGUCUUUAUUACUAAUAACGCUCACUGAUAUGCUCAUCUUAAUGUCUCAUAAUAAAAGAGACUCCACUGCCAACAAGGAAUAAUAGUGAAGUGAAACUUAACAGUAUCCCAAAGGAACAAGUUUACCUCGAUACCUUUCAGGUCCAAUGGAAUGAUCUACAAACACAAUGAUUACCACGCUUAGUGGAAAAAAGUUCCCAAUAAUGAAGUAAGCCACUUGGUUAGAUUAAGCUAAAGAUCAUGGUUUGGUUUAAAACAAGAACUUUAUUAUAUUAUUAAAGUAAUGGAGAUAAAUCAAAUAUAAGUUCUUGGUUGACUAAUAGUUUUACACGGAACACCAAUCUCCUCCGUGAAAGUCCAGUGUUUGUUUGACCAUCCUAUGCAAACGACCUCCUUACGGAGACAGCACUUCCUCUGAGUAAAACCUUGUUUGUGAAAGAUCAAACACAGAUGUAAUCCGAGACAAAAAAUGUUCCUUCAAAACGGGGUUUCAAAAGAGCGGUUUUGUUUUUAUGAAACCUUAUUUUUAGGAGACCAGGCAGCUUCAAUGAAAUGUGCUAUUAUUAUAGGGCGCAGAACAUCAUGCUGAAUCUGUGUAUCUGUAAAUGCUGUAUCUCACACAGAAGAUUGACAAUAAAGUUGAC